GACAGAUUCUGGUAAUAUUGACGAAACGAACAACUUUAAGGUGGUCGUAAGGUGCAGAAAUUUAGUAGAUGGGGAAAGCUCAGAAUCCAUCAUUGUAAGCAAUACAGAUAAUGAAGUAGUGCUAUGCUUAGAUCCACUGAAUCAAUUAUAUAGAACUUAUUCUUUUGAUCACGUAUUUGGAAAAGAUGUGAAUCAACAAAUGGUAUUAAAUUCUGUGGCUUAUCCAAUGUUGGGAGAAGUGCUGAAAGGGUUUAAUUGUACAUUGUUUGCAUAUGGUCAAACGUCGACUGGUAAGACAUAUACCAUGGAAGGAGAUUUGAAUAAUAUUGAUAGCAGUGAUAGUACUAAUGAUGGUGAUUAUAAUAUUGGUACAAAUGCUGGAAUAAUCCCACGUUUCUUUCACUGUCUUUUUCAAACUUUGCGAUCAGAAUAUAUUAACAUUGAUUCUUCAGUAAAAGUAUCUUAUGUUGAGUUAUAUAAUGAAGAAUUGAAGGAUCUGUUAUCUGAUAAUGAUCGAGAUAAAUUGAUAAUUUCCAUGAAGGGUUUGAAGAAUCAUAAAGAGGUGGAUAUAAACAAUGCCAGUGAGGGCAUUGAUAUUUUAAAGCAAGGGGUGAUUAGAAGGAAAACCACAGAAACCAAUUAUAAUAAAAAUUCAAGUCGUUCCCACUCAAUAUUUACAGUAACAGUUGAAAUGCCAUCAAAUGAUGAAAAAUUGACAAAAGUUGGAAAAUUGAAUUUUGUUGACUUGGCAGGAUCGGAAUGUGGUAAACAAUUAAUAUUAUUAAGGGAUAGCAAAUUGAUGCAAUUACUGAGAGAUUCUUUUGGUGGUAACACCAAAACAACGAUGAUUGCCACCAUAUCACCAGUAGAUUCAAAUUUAUCGACAUUAAACUAUGCAAGCAAAGCAAAAAAAAUCAUUAAUAAACCCAUAGUAAAUAAAAAG